AUGUCCUUUCCAGGUCUGUGAUAAUGAUGAGCUUUUGAAUUAUUCGUGGAAGCAUUAAGCUUCAUUUCCAACUAUAUUUUGAGAACCAGCUUGGUUUAUAGACAUACCUUCCACUUGAACAGGCUUUGCUGUUCUUCAGCUUACGUUACAUGCCACCCAAUCGUGUGGAAACUAGAAAUUUCCCAAAACAAAUAAAACCUGGUUUGGUUCAUGAGAACCCUGACAAAUUGAGUUUGUAAGAUGAUAGAUCAAGUGCCUUGGAGAGAGGUCUUCCUUCAGUUUAGCACUUUGCUAACUAAAUUUGCACAGCUGGCUGCAAAAUCCUUCUUUGAACUCUGCAGUCCUGUGCAUGAUCAACCAGAAGCAGGUUCUCUUGUGUUCAGCAUGGGCAACGGGACGGCUGACUCCAAGUAAGUGCACAGAGGAGGGAUGAGGGACCUGUGACUUCCAGGUAUUGUUGGACUCCAACUCCUGUCACCCUCAGAUAGCAUGGCCAAGUGGCCAGGGAUAACUGACACUGUAGUCCAGCAACAUCUAGAGGGCCACAGGUUCCCCAUCGUUUGUGUUUACAAUUGCAGCCUAACUGGAGGCUAAGGAAGUUCUGAGUAACCAUGUAGAAUAUUGUACUCUAAAUGUAAUCUUAACUUAAUUUUAAAGUUCUUGUACAACUUAUGGCAGCCGAUAGGUUUUUAAGCUUUGUACGGUUCCUUUUUACUAAUAAGCAAAAGCAGCUGUAUCCGCAAUCCUCGUAGAUUUCUGCAGGACUUAAAAAGCAUGUGUAUAUAAAUGCAUAACUUGGGAAAUAAACACACAAUGUUAUCCAUAAUCUACACGAAUCCCUUAUUUUCUUGAGAAAUACAGCUGUAUGGUCCUCAAGCCAGCUUCUGUCUAAUUUGAAAACUUAAGCAGAGGUGUUUACAUUUGAGACAGCCAUUGCACACAUGCAGAUGACAGCUCAUUGUAUAGGAGGUUGGUUGGGAAAAACAAAAUUAGGUAAUGUGCAUUGAAUGGAUACAUACCUGCCCCUUCUCAGAUGUGUACGGUAAUGUUAAAAGUGACUUGAGGGAUGGGGGCAGGGGCUACCUGAUGUUUGAAGGUGCUAAUGUGCAGAUAGCCUAGAUUUCAAAUCUCAUGUUGUUGAACUAUUUUAUCAGUCAAGAGAAAUGCAAUUUCUAGGAAGAAGACAUGAAGGCAACAGAACCAGUGAGGGGAGGAGUGAAAGAAACUGGCUGUUGUGGGUGGGGAGUUGAGUGUAAAAGAAUGGGAGAAGAUAUUAUAGGAGAUGGAUAAAAAUAUUCUGUUAUUCUAAAUCUGAAUUACUCUGAAUCCAUCACAACGAAGUAAUGGAGGAUCCUUUCUUCUCCAAUCUGGAAUAGAUAUUGGGUUGCUAGGCAACAUUUUCCACGUACCUUGCUCCUGAGCUAAAAUAAUAAUUAAAAAAUACCUUCACCUGGGUCAUGUUAUUCUGGUGAUGUGAUAAGAAAUGAAGCUAGAGAAAUCAUUCUCAAAGCAACACUCUCUGUAUUUUAACACAUCCUGCUGGGUCUCUUCUGAUCUAUUUAUAGAUCAUACUUUUUUAUUACUGCCUAGUAAUCUGGCAAAAACUUUGAGCGAAUGUGAAAAUCACAUUUUCAAGAGAGCAAGUAGGUGCUAACAGCAGUGGCGAGAGAGUAACAUGAAACUCAAUGCCGUUUCAUCUGACCUUUGAUUUGUUGCAAGUGAUAAUCCAACCACACUGUUCUUGUUGGAUAUUACUUUUUUUAUUAUCAAUAUUAUUUCUUUAUGCCCCACCUUUAUUCCAGUGUAAGGCCCAAGGCAGCUCACAACAUGAAUUAUAAAGAGAAACAGCUUAAAAACACACCGAUCCAUUAUAAGUAUUAAGAAACAUACAAAUUACCAUAUUAAAAAAAGCACUGAAUCAAGUGGUCGGGGGUCACAGAUUGAAGACCUGUUACUAUUUUUGCAGAAAGGUCCCUGACCCCAGUGUCCUAGAGACACCCACAUGAAGACGGAGCUUUAUUUUUAAUACUUUUUUUAUUAGAAAUAACAUGAAAUAACAUGAAACAAUAAAAACAACAAAUAAUGGGUAUUGGUCACCAGAUACAAAGCAAAAAACAGUCACGAUGCGUCAGAAAGUAAUAGCAGCAUGUUAAGUUAAAUAAAGAAGCGAAUUACAAGAAAUAAAAAUAAACCAGUCAGUAUCAAAAGUAUCAUUUUUUGUUUCUUCACAAAUCGCUCUACAGCAUUGCAUAAGUUUAUCAGUCAAAGCCUACAACCACAUCCUGUCAUAUCACUUGGGGACAGUACAUCUGUCUGCAUCUUUCCAAUGUAACCGCAGCUUCAUGCAUGCUACCACAAGGAGGUGGUAUACCAUAUUCCUACAAGGAAAAAAGCAGAGACAUUACCUUGUCGACAAAGAUCCGUAUUGUUAAAGCUAUGGUUUUCCCAGUAGUGAUGUAUGGAAGUGAGAGCUGGACCAUAAAGAAGGCUGAUCGCCGAAGAAUUGAUGCUUUUGAAUUAUGGUGCUGGAGGAGACUCUUGAGAGUCCCAUGGACUGCAAGAAGAUCAAACCUAUCCAUUCUGAAGGAAAUCAGCCCUGAGUACUCACUGGAAGGACAGAUCCUGAAGCUGAGGCUUCAGUACUUUGGCCACCUCAUGAGAAGAGAAGACUCCCUAGAAAAGACCCUGAUGUUGGGAAAGAUUGAGGGCACAAGGAGAAGGGGACGACAAAGGAUGAGAUGGUUGGACGGUGCUCUCGAAGCUACCAACAUGAGUUUGACCAAACUGCAGGAGGCAGUGGAAGACAAGAGUGCCUGGCAUGCUCUGGUCCAUGGGGUCACGAAGAGUCGGACACAACUAAUUGUCUAAGCAACAAUUUCCUUGUUGUGCCUUCUAAAUCCAGAUUCAAUUUCAAUAUCCCUGUGAAGGAGGCAGUAAGAAUUGCAAAAAACUUCCUGCCAAAGUUUCUGUGCUUUUGAAAAGAGAGGGUUUUUUAGCCACAGAGAAGCAUUCUCAAGCUUUCUGCUGAUUGGAGCCAAUCAGAAUAAAAGGAGGUGAGUCAGCGGCUGAAGAUAUGCACCAUUUGAAACUUGAGUUAUGCCCAACCUUUGGGAAUGUAAUGAAUGAGAAAUGAACAUCUUCCAUGCAGCUGAACAGGGAAGGCUCCCACCUCUCCACCCAGCCUGUAAUAUGCCCCUCUUACCCCUGCAUAUCAUUUAGGCUUGAAAAGAACCUUCUGUCGAAAUCCUUCAAUUAAAAUCCCAGUUCCAGUGUAGCAGAGUAUUAUGUAAAUGGGGUCUGCUGUUCCAGCCAGCUACAUGGAAACAACACCCUUUUGCAAAGGAAAAGUGGUGCAUUUGAGAGCCAUCUCUUUUUUCUGGGAGCCUGCAGUUCAAAAACAGCCUCCAGCAACUAGCUUAACGGUGCACAAGUGACUUCUUGCCCAGCCCUUCGGCAGAACCGAUGUCUAUACAGCGGUACCUCGGGUUAUGUACUUAAUUCGUUCUGGAGGUCCGUUCUUAACCUGAAACUGUUCUUAACCUGAAGCACCACUUUAGCUAAUGGGGCCUCCUGCUGCCGCCGAGCUGCCGGAGCACGAUUUCUGUUCUUAUCCUGAAGCAAAGUUCUUAACCUGAAGCACUAUUUCUGGGUUAGCGGAGUCUGUAACCUGAAGUGUAUGUAACCUGAAGUGUAUGUAACCCGAGGUACCACUGUAAUAGUGCAGUUAGUUCUCUCUCUUUUCUUGGCCUAUUGCAGCCACCUCUCCUUCCAGCAAUUUCUGCAGGCAAAAAAUUCAUUCUGUAAUCCUGGGGCAGAUUUAGGGGAGGGUUCAGUCACACUGGGCGCAAAGCCUUGGGGUGCAGCAACUAUUACUUUGAAUGCAGCAAGAGAGGUGGGGUGAGGUGGUGGGGAGCCCCAAAUUUUGGCGUCGCACAAGGCACCCCUGAAACUUGAGACCCGAAGGUCUGCCCCUGCUGCAAAUCUCCUUUCGGUUUUAAGAGCAGGCCUCUGUUGUCUUGUACUCCAGUUCCCAGGAUUCUUGCAGCCUUGCCAGCGUUAGUUUUGCCCUUCUCCUAUCCUGGUGAUAAAAAACAACAACUUGAAGGAAACUCCUAUCACAUGACUAGACUUCUGGAAGGUUCAGUUCAACACAGCCACUUUAGGAGGCGACAUCUCAGAGCCCAGGGCUGAGACAAGGCCUUGGCUGAGGAGCUAGGCCUAAGCAAGCUGAAGCAAGGUAGGCCGAGAAGCCUGAGGCCUUGCGACAAACAGCAGGCCUGUCGGAAACGGUGGCGGCCUUAAGCCCGCAACUGAUGGCCGUGGCACAGAUAGCGCUGUAAUUAAUCCACGAGCCCCUUACCACAGGCAAUCAUUUUGCAGGUUUGGAGCAGCCAGCAGCCUUCAUGAAUUGUUGUUUGUGCUAUCACAGUAAACAGAAGCCAGAUCUUUAGCAGGGACACUAACUGCAUUGCUGGCACAUAACUAUGAUUUUUUCAGGGGGGAGCUCCUGUUACACUUUUUGUGGAGAGAGAGAAUGGGGAGACUCAAUUUACAGUUGGGGAAAGGGAACUAACCUAACUGUUGGCGGGGAGGGACAUCCUUCCCCCCAUUCUUUUUCAAGGCAAAAAAAUCAUCACGGCUGUGUAAAUUUUUGUGGGCUCCCCUUGAUGAUGCUUUGAAAUGAAUCAUAUACAGAGGUUAAUGAGAUGGAGAGCAUGUUCACAGGCUUGUUACUGUCGUGGGCUACUUAAAAUAAAAUAAAAUUGGGAGUAGGUGAACGCUUCAAUUUCAUGUUGUAUUUAGUUGCAAAGAGGUGGGUUCUGGCUGAAGAGGAAACGCCAGCUUGCUUUACUUGUGUUUGGAUGCCACGCUAAUAAAAACAAAAAACAGGGUUUUGCUUGAUGAGAACAAGAGACAGUGGGCCUCGAGUUUGCGAACUUUCCCUCCCUUCUUGGAUGCAGCUGCGAGGAGGAAUUUGUAAACAUCCGGCUUUGCUUAGCCAGAUGAUGUUAUAUCAUAGGGACCAACAAAUGGGAUAAGUGUGGUUUGUUUGAAAAAUGCCCACUGCACAUGGCAAGUGUCAUUUUCUCCUCACUUAACAGCUCCUUCUUGCAUGCAUGCAUGCUCCCCAACCACAGUGCUUCUUUCAGCAUAACAUGUUGCAUAUGUAUCACCUAAAAACAGCAUAUGGGCAGUGCUGGAUUUACGUUUAAGCUAAACAAGCUAUAGCUUAGGGCCCCACUCUCUUGGAGGCCCCCCAAAAAAUUAAAGAGAAAAAAACCUGGAUGUACAUUUCCAAAAUAUAAGAUAAGUUCAACAAUUACUUUGAUAAAAUACAUAUUUUGUUAUGUGCAAAUGGCUUUAGAUACCUAUUAGGUCCAUAAAUUACCAUAUAACAUAUAUUCAACACAAAAAACAGUGACAAUUUCUUGUUGACAAAGGACAGCUGGACAUAUAAAGGGCCCCAUUACCUUCAGUAGCUUAGAGCCUCAUCAAACCUAAAUCCGGUCCUGCGUAUGGGUAGCACCCAACAAAUGCAUCCUAUCAGCAAAAGCAUUUAUGCUUCCACAAUGAACUUUCCUUCCUCUUUUCUCCCUGCGCUUGCCCUUCAUCUGCUCCGAAGGGUUGGGGGAACUUUUAGAAUACAUUUAGCGGAUGCAUGCAUGGGAGAUUUCUGCAGAACUCUCUUAGUGUUGAUGGGACAUGUUAGUUGGAUACCACAUGCCUCAAUGUGUUUGUUUUUAACUCAUAUACAAAAUAGGUCUGAUUAAUCAAAUAAAUUUCAUAUGAUUAUUCAAUUAUGAUUUUAUUUAAUCUAGUCCUACCACAUUUUCCUUACCCAGGUUUUUAAUUAUUUUUUAAAAAAAAUAUUUAUUCAAACUUUAGUCCUACCUUUCCCCCCUCACCCCAUUUGUUCUUUAUUUUAGAAAAUCAUUUGGUCUACUUUCCCCCCCAGAAGUAUAAGUCUGAGACGAGAAUGAGAGCAUCCUAUCCACCAGUCAAUAAAGAAGAAACAAGGAGUGUGAGUAAAGUAAUCGAUGAGUAUUCUCUUUGUAUUGCUAUAGUACUACAGAAAUAACGAAGAGUCUUGCGGGAAUUCUGAAGACUUAUAAAUUCAUUAAGGCAUGAGCUUUCAGAGACUACAGUCCACAAUGGCUUAUGCCAUAGUAAAUUUGUAAGGAGCCACAAGAUGCUUCCCCCCUGCCCUGCUGCAACUGUCCAACAUGGUUAAAUGUUGUUACCUUUUUAGAUAAUGUAUAAUAAAUGUUUUUAAACCUUCUCAAUAUAAAAAAGAAUGAUAGAACAUAAUUUGGCAUGCACUGUUUGAAUUACAAUUAUGGUCAGCAAAGUAGAAAUUCAAAUAAAAUGUGAAUUCACCCAAAAUAAAAUUGCAAUUUGGUUUUGUUUGUAGAAUUCUAACUAUACUGUGUAACAAAAAAAAAAUAUCUAUCAAAGGCUUUUUUCUUGCAGUGCUUUUUAGCAGUUGUACAAUUUGUUGAGCAGAACAAAGUUUAAAAAUUGCCAUUGAUUACUGUACCCUUCUUCUAGAUCAGGGUUUCACAAACUUGAGUCUCCAGCUGGUUUUCGACCACAACUCUCAUCAUCCUUAGCUAGCACGACCAGUGGUCAGGGAUGAUGGGUGUUAACUUAUUUAGACUUUGCAACAACUUGCUGCCAACAUAGUAGUAAUAGUGUUGCAGCCUUGUAUUCCAAUUUAUAUUAUUAUUUCCACAGCAGAGUUCCCGACCCUUAUCCUUGUCUGGUCAUGUUGGCUUUGAUAGUUUACCAGAUCAGUUGGUUAAUAAAUAUAUCCAACAGGGGUUCUGCUUCAACAUUCUCUGCAUUGGUAAGUAAAAUAGCUGCUAGCAGUGAGUUGUUUUAUUUUAAAACUCAUUACUAUUGAAAAAUCUGAAGGAGAGGAAAGUGACAAAGGUGUUGCCCUUUUCCAUUGGUAUUGUACUACUUCAGAUAAACAGAAUUACUUAAGUGGGGUUAAGUUUUCCCAAGCCCCAAAAAGUUUGCAGCAAAAAUAGCAUUAGAAUAAAUAUUAUAUGCAUCCUUUGAGGAAAUCCCAUGGCAUAAUGAUCAGAUACUGCUAUCAAGGAAUAAAAAAGAGACAAUGGUCUCUCUGAACUAAUUCCUUAGUUACAGUAAAUGCCAUUUUGCAUUCCACCCCCCACCCCCUGGGGAAUGUGAAAAAAAUCAAUUACCCUCAUUGUGUUAUGGUGAAAUUUGUGUGGCGUAUAUGUACAUUUUUUAUCUGUCUUUAAUUGUAGGGGAGACUGGAAUUGGGAAAUCAACUUUGAUUCAUAGUUUGUUUAAUAACAGUUUUGAUUACCGUGUGUCAACACACUUUCAGCCAAAUGUACGACUUAAAGCUGAGACGUAUGAGCUCCGGGAAAGCAAUGUUCGAUUGAAAUUGACCAUAAUAGAGACAGUUGGAUUUGGUGAUCAGAUAAACAAAGAAGAUAGGUUAGUAUCUCCUCACUUGAAUUCAUAUUAAUUUGCCAAGUGACAUGCCAUCUAAGAUCUGACAUUUGUGUCAUGUAGUGGUAUUGAUAGGCGUAUUGAUUUCAUUUUAUUUAAAUUUAUUGACAUAGUUAACACACCUGCCCAUAACCAGAGUUAUUUAGAGAAAUGAGGUAAACAUUUCCAGAUUUAUGACUUAUCAGCAAGACUUUCACUUUAUGUGUGCUGAUCUGGAAAACAAUUUCAGUUAUCACUAAAUUGACAGAAAAUUUUAGAAAAGCACUAAUGCCUACUUCAUUCUUACCCAAAGGCUUAUGUGUGCCCACUGCAACUUUGACUUUCUCCCCGACUGAGCAGCUGGAAGAAGUCUGCUGCCUGUCACAUAGGAACAGCUGUUUGAAGAAAAACAAAGUGCCUUUAGGCUAGAUGAACAGUUAUUUGGAUUUGGGCCAUUUUCUUAGGAUGAAUUGGUGCGAUCCAGUGAUUCUGUUUAUUUUAUUUUAAUUUUGUCGGUUGUAUUUUGUUACUUUUAUUUGCUUUAAAUUGUAUUUUUAUGUCUUGUGAAUUUUAUUCACGCUUUUGUGCAUUGCCCUGGAAUCUUUUGAGGGAGGGUCGUGAAGAAAUACCUUAAAUAAAUAAAUAAAGUUAAUGGAAUGAAGGUCCUGUGAUGUGUGGAACUGAAGCGCCAUUGAAACAGUUAUGGCCAAGGGCACUUGAAAGCAAUUGGUUUGUGCUGGAUUGUCAGCCAUUCACAAAUCUGCUCACCAUUUCCCAUCUGGUGAAGCCCUUUCCCCUCUGGCCAGCGUGACAAGCCGCCCCCACCAACUCAAGCUAUGUGCUCUCAUUUAACCUGUUCCCAGCACCAUCUUUCCCCCCUUCCCAGCACUUCUUUGUGCUAAGAACUGGUUGUGUGUGAACUAACUACAUUCUUCCAGUGCAACCCCUUCUCUUCCACCCUGAGCUGAAUAUAAUGGGGUUGUGUGGCGCUGCAUAUUGGGCAACAAUGGCAGCUUCCCUACCCAUCGUUGUCUAGUGCUGAAUGUCCAUUUCCACAGGUCAGGAAAGCUGGAACUUGGAGCUAGGCUGAGUUCUGGGGCUUCAGCAGUGAAGAAGCUCAGACAAGCAACCUACCCUGAUGCUGAAGUCUCAAGCUGUUUCUGACUCUCAGACUAUGAUCCAAGCAGCUGUUUCUGUGUUCUUCCCACUCCUCCCAAGUAGCCCUCGUGCAGCUAGCUGAGUACUUAGACAACGGCUCUGAUGUUCUUCCCUGGCUUACUGUCUCCUCUGUUCUUGUGGCCCUGGGGGAGAUGAGGGGAGGUGUGAGAGCUGGGCAGCUGGGGUCAGGACAGUAAUGGACAGGCUCUGGGUCUGCCUCCUGGUGACCCAGCAACCAGUGAGAGCUGGUGAAACCGGCAGCCAAUCAGGAAUAUGUGUGUGUGUGUGUGUGUGUGUAAUUCAAGUGAGAUGCUGACAGUUUAAGAGUCAUAUAAGGACUUUUCUGUCUAGGUGGGCAGAUAGCGUCUCUGACUAUCUGAGCGGGCUCAGAUAGUGAUUAUCUGUCAGCAGGGACAGUCUGAAUUUGUUUUCAGAGAUUGGGAUUUUACUCUCAGUGGGAGAGGGACUAACUAUCAGUGUGGGCCUGGUAUCUGUGCUUGACCAAUGGGAGAGCUAGACAGCUUUGACAAUGAUGCUUGCUAAAAGCAAUUCAAAGGUAUAUAAGCCACUCAAAGUUGGCCCAUUUGUCUUCCCUUCAGAACUAGUUAGAAAACAUACUUUGCUGCAUUGCAAUUGAUAUUGACUACCUUUACCCUUUUCUUUUCUGUAUUAGGAACUUUAUAAUAAAUUAUUCCUUAUAAACUAUUUCUGGUGUUUUCUGAUAAAUUGUCCAACUGACUGGCAAAAACCUUACAAAACUAGAAUCUGCUUGAUCGUUGAAAGAGUUGCAAUCAGAUAUCCCAAUUUGCUUAAUGUCAUAUCUCCAGAGAGGUGACCCUAAAUUAAAAUCCUUUAAGACUCCCUGUCUGAAACUUGGGAGAGCCACUGCCAGCCAGUGCAGGCAGUAGUGAGCUAGAUGGACCCAUGGGUCUUACUCAGUAUGUGAGGCAACUUCCUAUGCUCCAGGUCAGGGUAAAGCUUGAACCCUAACACUGAGAAACUGGAGAGAGAGGAGGUAGAGGCAACUGCUUGUUUCUCACUUUAAGCAAUGAGAAGAGAAGAAUGGGCUGUUACAGCAGUCACAGAGCUGGGAGGACAGAUUGGGGGGGGGAGGCAACGAGGAAGCAGCAUGGAGUCCCCUCUAAGCUCAGGAAGAAGUUAGGGGGUCAUUUAUGUAAUGCUGUGUUUUAAAGGUGCUUUGCAAAACACCGAACUGUAUGGAAGAUCACUUGCCCUUUUGAUCUUCUUCCUCUUCUUCACACCUGUCUGUGCUAGGCAGUGCUCAGUGCAUGCUGCCCACCACACAACAUAUCCCACUCCUCCAGUUAGUAUGGGCUGGAAAGGACGGGGAUGCUUUGGUGAGUGAGCACUGCCUAGUGCGGGGAGGUACUAAGAAGGUGGUGUUGGUAGUUUAGAUUCACAAGCAUCCUGGAGAGAAGCUUGGAAGAGCUGUGCAACAUCACCCUUCUCAGCUUGGGGCUUGGCAGCGAGAUAAUGGGACAACUGCUGAUGGGGCUGAGCUUCAGAGGUGAUUGCCUCCAAGUUUUGUGUGAGGUCAGUAAAACACCCAGUUAUUUUUCGGCAGGGUUGAGGCAACUCCCGAUUUGGUUACCAAGGCCAGCCAAAAUGUAUGGACUUCUGUGGAUGUGCCCUUGUUUUGGUUUAGGAUGAUAAUAUUCAGGUCAAGAGGCUUUGUCUUUUUAUAAGCAUAUACUUUAGAGAAUAAUUUCCUAAGAAUUUCGCUGAAUUUAUACUAAUGUCACUGCUGUUUUACUGUCCCUUGGCAAUUUGUGUUUAUCAGUGUAUUAGAGUUAAACUCAACCUUUGUCCUCUUACAUCAAAUAUUUUCCCCCUUCUCUGCAGCUAUCAGCCAAUAGUGGAUUAUGUAGAUGCACAGUUUGAAGCCUACCUCCAGGAAGAGCUGAAAAUUAAUCGUUCCUUGUAUAAUUACCGUGAUACUCGUAUCCAUGUGUGCCUCUACUUUAUUUCACCCACAGGGCAUUCCCUGAAAACUCUUGAUUUAGUAACCAUGAAAAAUCUUUCUAGGAAGGUAAGAUAUUAAAACCAGAAUUCAUUCAACUUCAGUAUUUUAUGUCGUGGUUUGAUAAGGCUCUAACUUGUGCAAAAUAUUCCCUGCUAAUUAAAAUAAAUGCUCACCAUGCUUUUAAGAUCUUACAACGUUGAGUAAAACAAGCGCUACUCAGAAGGUGAGAAAAAUCAUUUUAAAUUUAAGUACAGAGUCUUUUGCAGAUACUUAAAUACUAAAUCACAGUGGUUCAGCCGACUAUUUAAAUUUUUUACUUUUAUAAAGCGGCAACGUCAGUAAGUAAGUUAAAACUCUAGUACAGUUAUAUAGGCAGAAUUACCUUCUUAUUCAUUUGCCAGUCGUCACUUUAGUCUUGUCUGGUACCUAUCUUCCAAUAUGGCCUAGUUCUAGCUGAUGAUGUAAACCAGAGGUGGGGCCCUCCAGCCAGAAGACCACAUUCCCUUGUCAAUAGUUUUCCAGGAGCCACAUGGCAAGAGUAAAGGAUGUGACUUUUAGAAGGCUGUUUUCCAACCACAUAAAUUUAAAGGUCUCUACAUAUCUCUCUAUCCAGGCAAGCAAGAGGCAUAACCAGUCUCCAGAUACAACUUCCGUAAAGGGUAUGAUGCCAGAAGGGGCUGAGGCUAUGAACCUAUGCCUAAGCUGUACCUUUCUUUGAGGUGUACCUCAAAUUAUUUUCAGGAUUUUAAGGCAACCUGGGUUUAGGUAAAGGUAAAGGGACCCCUGACCAUUAGGUCCAGUCGUGGCCGACUCUGGGGUUGUGGCGCUCAUCUCGCUUUAUUUGCCGAGGGAGCCGGCGUACAGCUUCCGGGUCAUGUGGCCAGCAUGACAAAGCUGCUUCUGGCGAACCAGAGCAGCGCACGGAAACGCUGUUUACCUUCCUGCCAGAGCGGUACCUAUUUAUCUACUUGCACUUUGUGCUUUCGAACUGCUAGGUUGGCAGGAGCAGGGACCAGGCAACGGGAGCUCACCCUGUUGCGGGGAUUUGCACCACCGACCUUCUGAUCGGCAAGCCCUAGGCUCUGUGGUUUAACCCAAAGCACCACCCGCAUCCCUAACCUGGGUUUAAAUGGAGUUUAAAGCAGUAGUUCAUUUUAUAAACAUGUGAUUUGACAAUGUUGGCCCCGAACUAGGUUGCCUUCAGUCUUAAGCUUUCCCCUCCACCACACAAUCACCUCUACCUCAUAAUCCCCCCAACUCUUCCACUUGCAUUUCCAUUUGACUAUAGGUGGAUAAACUUUAAUGCACAGGUGCAGGUCAUUUUUCAGCUGAGGGCCGUUUUCCCUUCUAGGCAGCUUUCUGAGGGCCACUUAGCAAUGGUGGAUGGGGCCAGAGGCAAAAGGGGAUAGAGGAGCAACAGAUUUUAUCUUUGUAAAGUAGGUUAGUUUCCGCACACACUUGCACACUCCUCUGUCCUCCAUCCAGAUAAUAAAGAAGCAUUAUUGAAAGAGGUUCCCCAACCUUACUUUAAGGGCAGAAGAUUGGUUGCCUUAAAAAUCCUAAUCAGGUAUUUUGAAUGUGUGGAAGACUUAAAUCUGACCUUUUUUUUUUUUAGCUUGUAGCUGAGUCAAGGGAAGACAUAUAGAAAUGUGUGUAGAGUACAAAAAUCUUAUACUCCGAGCAGCGAUAUAAACAUUCUCUCCUAUACCUUUAGCCAAAUGGCAGGCAGACAGGAAAGCUAGUUCUCUGCAUGAUUAAUACCAUAUCAAUGGUUUUCACUUGCUUACAUUUGCCAAUAGUUCUUCAGAAGCUCUAAAAUGCUGUCAGCUCACAAGGGAUAUGUUUGGUUUGUAAACGAGGAAGGCAAAAGAAAAGGCACAUCCAGAAACAAGAAACGUAUUUCACAGUAGCUAGCAGUAUGUUUUGUUGAAGUACAAAAAGCCUACAAUUGCUUGCAAGGGAAUCAUUGUGGAAAUCGUUGCCUUUUUGUUAGGUAAUUCAUUAUACAUAAAACAUUAUACAAAAAGCAAUACAUCAAUGCCCUAGGUAAAACAAAAAAAAUUUGUGAUGAUAACUGUUUUUGAUGAUGAUGUUUUAUUCUGGUAAAGUUUUCGCAGUAUUUCUGGUAAAAUGGAAAACUGAGCUAUACGGAUAAGUAGAAACUGCAAGUUGUUUAUUAUUAUUAUUAUUUUAGCAAGUUCAUGGUACUGAAGAGCUGUUUUGCUACUCUGUUUAAAAAGCACCUUGCUUUUUCAGUGACAUGGUAAUUUAUGUUUAAAAAGUUCAGAUUACUUGCAGAUUUGGCUUUUAUAAAUACUAUACUUCUUAUUUCUUUAAUAGGUGAACAUUAUUCCCCUUAUAGCCAAAGCUGAUACAAUUUCUAAAACUGAACUACAGCAGUUUAAGGUCAACAUCAUGAGUGAACUGGUCAGUAGUAGACUCCAGAUAUAUCAGUUUCCAACAGAUGAUGAGAGCAUUGCUAACAUUAAUGCUAACAUGAAUGUAAGUACUUCACUACAAGUAUUAGAAUGUAAGUAUUUUAAUGGGAUUUCACCUUAUUUUUGACAGGUGUGAUGGUCUUUCAUGUAAUUAGGCUACAUGUUGUAUAUAUUGCAUUUUUCAUUUACCGUAUUUUUCGCUCUAUAGGACACACUUUUUCCCCUUCAAAAAUGAAGGGGAAAUGUCUGUGCGUCCUAUGGAGUGAAGACGCCAUAGCCCCGCGACCCUCUCCCGGCUGGAGAGGUGACACGUGGCUAUGGCAGGAGCCUCUUUAGCCGCGCGCCACCUCCUCAGCUGGGAGAGCGUGUGCGGGGCUAAAGAAGCCAUAGCCCCGCGACCCUCUCCCGGCUGGAGAGGUGACGCGCGGCUAUGGCAGGAGCCUCUUUAGCCGCGCGCCACCUCCUCAGCUGGGAGAGCGUGUGCGGGGCUAAAGAAGCCAUAGCCCCGCGACCCUCUCCCAGCUGGAGAAGUGACGUGCGACUAUGGCAGCAGCCUCUCCGCUGCGCCUUUCCGCUGCUCCCUGAACUGCUCUUUGGGGCUGGUGGUGGGCUUCUCCCCGCCAGCCCCAAAGAGCAGGUUGAAAGGAACCUGAAGCCUGGAGAGCAAGAGGGGUCGGUGUGCCUGAACGCACCUUAAACGGCACCUUGUUUGAGAGCGGGAAAACAAGAGGGGGGAAAUUCUCUCUCUCUCUGCGCAGUGCCUCCUGCUGCUUCGCUGAAGGGGCGCUGGGCAGAGAGGGGGAGAAUUUUUUUUUCUUGUUCUCCCCCCUCUAAAACUAUUGUCCGGUGCGUCCUAUGGUGUGAAAAAUACGGUAUUUAUUCUUAGUGUUGACAGCAGUACAAAUUUAUUUACUCUCUGUUUUGCAGGCACACUUGCCAUUUGCAGUAGUGGGGAGUUUGGAAGAUGUAAAAGUUGGAGACAAAACAGUAAAAGCUCGCCAGUAUCCUUGGGGCGUAGUGGAAGGUAAAGAAGAGUUUGAACUCUCACUUUUUCCAGAAUUAGUUUCCUAAGAUAGUCAGCAGUGAUAGUAACUUUGCAUGGUUAAUUGUCUGCUUCUCAACUGAUAAAGUUCACAUUUUGCAGUAUCUUUAUAGAACUGCUUUCUUCUUUUUGAAGCCUCCUGAAUGAGCAUAACAUCUUUUUGUCAGAUUUGUGUACCAGGCAAUAUUCUAGGCUUUGUGAUUUAACUGGUGAUCUGUAGCAGUACCAUGAGCCUACUUUCCCAGGACUGUUCCUUUUUCACAGGCACAUUCCGCAACACUUCAUCAACACAAUAAUAUUGCAUUAGUAAUGGAUUUAGACAGGACAGGACAGUCCAUGUAUCAACCAGUCUACUUUAUUAGUUGCACAGUGAUACUUCCCCAAUAUUAUUGUAUUGUUGCCAUCUGGAGAGGCACUCUUGCACUGUACAGCAACAAAAGUGAAACAGCACACAGAACAUUCGUGAUCUAAAAAGGCACAAGAUUUCAGCAGGAAAUUAUGGGACGCACGCUUACCAGCCACAAAGCAAAAAGGUAGCUUGUCAGCAGUCUGGAUUGCCCACAGCAGCCAGAGCUUGCUAGGAUUAGUUUAAGGAGAGCUGUUGCCUCAGCAUUAUGCUGAAGCCUUCUGAGACGUUAUAAAGGCUGGCCUGAACCCUCUUAUUAGCCCUACCCACUCUGAGUACCUGAUCCUUCUUUUAAAGGACCAUUCUGCAAAUAAUGGCGUUUAUGGUGUGGGAGUGGUGAGGGAUGAAUUGGAGGGUUGUUGUCUGAGCUGGAGAAAUCUAGUGAGGGCAUAUAAUCUGGCCUGGAUGGUGAGGAAUUGGGGAGGGGGGUGAUACCUCUUCUGCCUUCCAGUACCUCCCAUCUGCCUCUGAGUUGGCAGAUGCAUUUGGAAGAGGAAUUUCCUGAUCCCAUCUUUGCAACUGCUACCCAUCAGAAAGCCUCUCCUUGUGGUUCAGGGGACCCUUGCAAAAUGUAUGAGAUGGAUGGGAAAGACUGCCUCUUCUCAAUACCGCCCCCCUGCAACCCCUCCCCUUGCAACCCCAAAGUGAAAGGGCUUUUGGGGGGUGUUUCCUGCAUCCCAUGGUAAAUUCCAAUAGGGUAGAGGUGAUAACUUAUUUCAUUUCAUUAGUGGAGAAUGAGAACCACUGCGAUUUCGUGAAGCUCCGGGAAAUGAUGAUUUGUACAAAUAUGGAAGACUUGAUAGAACAAACUUGUUCUGUUCAUUAUGAACUGUACCGGCAGUAUAAACUGGAAGAGGUGGGCUUCCGAGACACUGAUCAAAUCAGGUAAGAGAGCGAGCCUUUCCUAUGUUUUUAAUAGUUAAACCAGUUCCCAACAUGGCUUUUGUAAUUACUUCUCUGAAGGUAUCUUGAAUCUUAAGUGUGUAAUUAAAACUGUUUGCACACCCCCUAGCCAUUUUAUGGGGGUGCAUGGGGGGAGGAGGGGGAGGAAAAUGUGCUAUUGCACAGACUUCUGCUAGUGGGGCCCCUUUGUUGAAUCUGACCCCAUAGCUUAGCUCCAAGUAGCAUGGCAACAGCACGAUCGGGGGAGGAGCCAAGUGGCUGCAAUUUUCCUUUUGGGUCCCCAUGUGCUUAUUCUUUCUGUCUUAAGUCUAAGCCAUGUUUUGGCUUUGUGUUAUAUGAGUACAAGGCUUCUGAAAGCUUUAUAAGUGUACUCCACAUACAUAGUUGUUUGUAAGUGCUAAAUACAAAUCUUAGGUGGUAUUCAAUUAAGACUUACUCAGAAUAAGACCCAUUAAAAUUAAUGAACAGGACUAACGAUUGAAGUGUACCCUGAGUAAGUCUUAGUUAAAUACCACCCAUCGUUUUUAAAAUUAAGUACCACCCAUCGUUUUUAAAAUUAAGUUAUAUUUCCGUAAGAAAAAAAGCAAAUUCCUUUAACUUUUAGAAACUUGGAAUGGUAUCAGUUUCUUUCUGUGAGCCAGGAUAACAUAAAAUUGGGUUCCUUAGACAGAACUGUGGAAGCACACUACAACUUGAUAAAUCUGUAUCUUUGUUUUGUUUUUAGGAUUCCAGAUUCCAAAAAGACAACUCAUAGAGAAAGGUAUGUUGCCUUAUAGCGUAGAAUGAUGGAAUUAAAGUUUUUUAAAUCCUGUCUCUCUGUGUGUGUGUUUUAGAAAGAGACAGCUUGGUCUUACAGGAACCAAGUGUGACAUGAUCCCGGUACUGAUUUGGAACUAUUAUUGAAUUACCUCAAGUGCAACUCAGAAUGUCUCCAGCUGUGUACGAAUUCUUCAUCUUACAAAUAUGGGUAGGGGACCAUAGACCCCGGAGAGAGGCACUUCCUGUCGGAUUAGACAAUAUCUUGAUCAGGUGGACAAAUAGCCUAACUUGGUAUAAGGAGUUUCCUAUGUUCUUAAAUACCAAUUAAAUUUCUUUCUUUCUUUCUUUCUUUCUUUCUUUCUUUCUUUCUUUCUUUCUUUCUUUCUCAUUGAUGUUCUAAACAGAUAUGCAAGAUGCGUGCUGGCCUCAAAACAGACUUUAUUUACAGUAGUCGCUGCAGUACUAACAUUCAACUUCUGCAGUAUAACAUGAUCUGUGACUAGAAUAAAUAAUAGUGUAAAAACAGGGAACUUGACAAUUAACUUGCCUUAACAGUGUUGGUAAGAUCAGAAUAAAAAAGGGGACACAAUCUCAUCUUUGACAUAACCUUUCUGAAAAGAUGCUGCUGUUCUUCUCCCUGUUGAACAGUAAGGAGUUGAAGACAUACCUUCCAAUGUGAGCUGGUAAAUUGUUUUCUUCCCCCGCUGUGAGAUGAACUUACAUUUGGCUCUACCUCCACUCAUCUAAUGCACAUCUAUGCCACUCUGAAUCCAGCACUGGUCUUUGGUCUCCCCCCCACUUUUCCAAUACUUCUUGCAGCCUACCUGUACACAUUCCAGAAGCAUGACAUUAACCUGGAUGGAUUCAUUGGUGGUUAGGGGUGUAGCCUCAUAAUUGCCAUAGCAGCCAACCAAUAUACAUCUUGCAUCGCAAGUUGUUGCUAGAAAUGGGAUGAGCCAGCUGUUCCUCCCAAACUUGCUUCUCUAGGAAAAGUUAAAUGCCUGACUAAAAAGGAAUGGGUACAGAUUUGCAAAGGGGCUAGCUUCAUCUGCUUACAUCCAAGUAGAUACUGAACUUGAAGAAGCUGUAACUGGUUUUGUUAUCCCAGUUUAAAAGCAGGGAAGAAGCAUGGCGGUGCACAUGCAGCAGUUAGACUUGGUGCAAUAAGAUGAUACCACCUAAUGCUGAACCUAGUUAGGGUGGAAAACGGGGUGGAAAAUCUGUGGUCCUCCAGAUGUUGCUUGGGGCUGGGGCUGAUGGGAGCUGGACACCCAACAACAUCUGGAGGGUGGCAGGUCUCCUGUCCUUGGUGUAAAAAGCUACAACAAUGACAUCUUAACACCUAGGUUCCUUUAAAAAGAAUUAGAAUGCUUUCUAAGCGAAAGGCACCUUUACUCCUUAACAGAUGCCAAGAGUGAGAUAGUUGGAAGACCUCUGGCUGUUGACAUUGUAUGUAUUACAGUGAGAUUGGAAUCAGCUUUCAACUGUAAGAUCAGCAAGUUUUACUCUUUGUCUGGUUCAGAGUAGUCUCUUUACUGGAAAGUGACUUUGUAGAGAGAAUAUCCAGUUGCCAGUGUGCCAAAAAGGAAGGACACAUCCAGCAUUCUGAGAGGAAGCUUAAAAAACUGAUAGAAGAGAUUCUAGACUGACAUGUAAAGAGGAGAAGAAGGGGAAAGCCAGGCAAACAAUGAGAAAAUGACACCUUCUUUUGCCAUCAAACAUAAUCACUACAGAUUUUGAAAUGUGGCAAUAAUUCCAGUGGGUACAUUAGUUGAUGUAGAUAGAUCUGUUUGGUGGUCUGCAAAUGCACAGUGAUAAAAGAACUGAAUUUUCUCUGCUGAACAGGAAAGUGUGGAAUAACACUUGCUUGACUUAAUGUUGUCUAAUCUCACAAAGAAAUCAGAAUAAAUGCAUGUUAAAUACCCUAUGACUAUGUUGUCUAAUCUCUUCAUAAGCAAAUCAGGCUGAAUGUUCAUUAAACAAGUCAUCUGGAAGUGACCAAAUUUUUCUCAAAUUAAGUUCUAUUUCAAUUGAUUAGGUAUACUCCCAAGUUAGAUGCAUUUAGGAUCAAAAAUAAAAGCCCAGGGCCACCUAUGCUUUGUCCGCUUCACCAUGAUUAAUUUGUUGCCCUGCAUUCUAUUCAUAGCAUCACUGCUUGUCCUGUCCUAACAGCUUUUAGAACCAGUUUAUAAAUUUAACAAAAGGAAACACUGUGAGUAUGGUGAGACAGCAGACUGCAACUGUUCUCACCCAGCCCCUUAAUUGCGAGGUUUGUAAGAUAAUCCAGAUGUAACUCCAGUGCACACCUUCUUGAGCAAAACAUCUCCUUGUACUUUUAAUCUCCCUGUGAACUUUCACAGUCUCUCGUGCACGGGAAAGCUGAUCAAAUGUGGUUGGGUUUUGUAAAUAAAAUGGGUGAAUGCGGCCAGCUCUGAAUGAAGGCUGUUUUACAUUUUAUGGUCCUCAGUCUGCAGGAGACUUACGAAGCUAAGCGGAUUGAAUUCCUUAACGGAUUACGGCAAAAAGAAGAAGAGAUGAGGCAAAGGUUUGUUCGGAGGGUCAAAGAGAAAGAAGUACAGUUGAAAGAAGCUGAGCGAGAAGUAAGCCCAUCUCUCUUAUAGUUCUUGAUCUGGUUGUAGUGGUAGCUUGAAGACAUUACGUGGAGCAGCAGAAUAAGAUGGCUAGAGUCUAGCAAAGAAUGCACUGGAGAGAAUGAUUCUUUAGAUCCUGAUCAUGGCUGGAAUUCCAUCACGAGUCAGGACCAGGGAGACUUGCAACUAAAUAUUCAGCUGUGUCCCAAAUAUGUCUCCUCCCCUGGUUUGUUUGUGCGUGUCCACAUGCGCAUGGUACCUCCCUCUUCAUCCCUUCCCAGUGUCUCACAAUGAGUGGCAGAGCCCUUCCUCCUCUUCCUUGUUCACACAGCUGGAGCUGAUUGGCUAGGCACGUUCAGUAUUAAGGAGAAGGUUAUCAGAUUCUGAUUUGGUUGUUGAAGUGAUUUAUUGUGGUUAGGAUGGUCUCUACAGCAGUGUUGCUGUGCUGGGUCAAGCCAUUUCUUUUUCUGCUCCCAUUUGCUACGGUUGAAAAUGGGAAUGUCCCACAUUGCAUAAUACAAAUGAGAUAACUGCCAUACUUAGAAAGACGAUGGCCAGAGCUGAGAGUUGAGAGAUGUGUGUGAAGUGGAAGCCAGAGGCAGGUGGAAGCCAGAGAGAUAGAGCCAUGCAUGCUUUCUGCUGGAAUCCAAGGCUGUGGCUAUGGAAGGAGCAAAACCCUUUUGGGGUACUAAUGCUGUGAGCUCCUCAGGUUAUAUUUAUGUGUAAAUAAACCAUAUAUCAUAAAUACAUCACAGUCUUGGCUGUCCCUCAUUCUGAGGAAACAGAGCCUUGGAACGCCUAGAACAGCCUUUCUCAACCUGUGGGUCCCCAGAUGUUGUUGAACUACAACUCCCAUAACCCCUAGCUAGCAAGGCCAGAGCUCAGGGAUGAUGGGAGUUGUAGUCCAACAACAUCUGGGGACCCACAGGUUGAGAGCCGCUGGCCUAGAACAUGGGUAGGCAAACUAAGGCCCAGGGGCUGGAUCCGGCCCAAUCACCUUCUAAAUCCGGCCCAUGGAUGGUCCAGGAAUCAGCGUGUUUUUACAUGAGUAGAAUGUGUGCUUUUAUUUAAAAUGCAUUUCUGGGUUAUUUGUGGAGCAUAGGAAUUCGUUCAUUCCCCCCCCCCCAAAUAUGCUCAGGCCCCCCACAAGGUCUGAGGGACCGUGGGCUGGCCCCCUGCUGAAAAAUUUUGCUGACUCCUGGCCUAGAAUAUCACACUGACAGGGGUGGUGACUUAACCCCACAUUGAGGGGGCUCGGUGUCACGUGACCCGUCCUGCCUCUACCUGGCAUGCCAGUGCUCGCCUCUUGGCGGUGGCCAGUGAGGAGGGUGAAAAUCACCCUCCGCACCUCUCUCCACCCUGGUGGGCCAGCGCUUGCCCAAUGGCAGCAGGGAAUGCAGAGAGCGAAAACCACCCUCCGUGCCUUCUACCCCCACCCAGUAGGCCAGUGCUUGCCCGUCUGCAUGGAGAAUGCUAAGGGUGAAAAUCAUUCUCUACGCUGGCCUAGCUGGGUACAAGAAUCAUUGCGCAGUGCUGCCCAGCUGAGGAGAGAAGCAGCAGUGCUGCCGCAACCCUUCUGCUUCUCUCCGCCUCCCAGGUCAGACCUGACCCAGGGAGAGGCGGAGUUAGCAGCACACAGGCUGUGCACCCAGAGGCGGGGCUAGCCACCCAUGGGGGCAGGGCAAGCGUCCCAGGGGGGCACCGCGAGUGGCCCCUCAGGGAUGACACCCGGGGCGGACAGCACUCACUGCACCCCCUUCCUCUGCCAGUGGACCCAGAAGCAGAGUUACAGCUUGGCGCAAAGGAGCUGUACAGCCCUGUACAGGAGAGGGGGGGAUGAGAGGGGAUGGUGGGGGAAGAAUAUUGGGGAGGGGACUCAGCCCCCUGCCCAGAAAUAUUGAGGGAGCUGAAUCUCCGUCCACCCCUAUCGUUGGUGCCCCUGCGCACUGCUCAGACAUUGGGGUGGUGUGCAGCGAUAUUAGAUGGUGAAAUAGGCAUCUUAUCUGCGGGGGACUCCAUUUUCCUGUCCAGCUGAUCAGCACACAGGGAUCAUCAAGUUCAUGUGGCAGCUUGCUGUUGAUUUAGAUCAGAGUUCCAGGAAACAAUAGAAACAGCCUUUCAUAAUUGCAUAAUGAUGGGGGUGCCAACUUGAAUAAAAUAUUCAAGUAUCCCAGGUAAACCCUGCCCUGCAUAAUAGAUCCUAGGACACACACACUAUUUGAAUGGCAGUGUGUGUGUGUGUGUGUGUCAGCUCUCUCAAAUAUUUUAGGGUGGAGAGGGGGUCGAAGGGACUUAGGCCCCUAGGAGUUGGCUCCUAUGCUUAAUGACAUCACAAGUUGAUCUAACAUAAUUUACUGAAAUCAGUCUCCUUUGAUUUAAAAGUAAAUUGUUGACCAGAAGCUUACAGUAUAACUCAUAGUAUCAUAUGCAUAUUGAAAGAUGGGCUGAUCAAGGCAGUAGGCCAUGUUGUUCAAUUGGGAAAUGUUUGAUCUGUUCUUCAUUUAGCAAGAAUUGGGAAGUUAACUGCGAUGCUCUGAAAGAAUGAUACCCCCCCCUUGAAAAACUUUUAUGAAUAAAACUGAUGUCCACAUUUGUCAUUAAAAAUAAUUCAGUUCCAAGUUACUCUAAGAAAAGGUUUUAGCACACUUGUGUCAAUAAGUGAACUACAAAAAUAGUUAAGUGAAAACUCUGACACUUGUUAAGGAAAUCAGUCUCUGUAUUUGACCUUGUUAUUACUGAAGAUGGUAUGUUAAGUGCUAGGCUACCACCUUGUGGCAGAAGUGAUAUUUUUGUGUUUGACUUUAGCUACAGCUGGAGUUCGAACAUUUAAAACGGCUUGAUGAAGAAGAGAGAAUGAAAUUGGAGGAGAAAAGAAGACUCCUGGAAGAAGAAAUUAUUGCAUUCAAUGACAGAAAAGCUGCCGCAGAAAUAAUCCAAGGGAGGCCACUGCCCCCUACGCCCACUGUUGGUUAUAAAAAAGAUAAGGAUCGGAAAAAGUAAGUAAUCAAUUCCAUAAAAUCUUAGGAUUUGGAUUUUAGGACAGGGUACACUGUCCGGUUCAGAUAAAUAUUUUAAGCAGUAUAAAUUAAUCGGGUACCAAAUAUGGAAAAAAACCCGUUUUGUAUUAACUUGUUCAAAACUGUCUUACUGAUACUAUCAGACACUUUUACGAGAACUCUUCUUUUUAAUAUUUGUCCUAAGGGAUCAAGGUUUUCGGCUUGAGCUCCUGUGCUUUGAUGUCAGAGAUCAGGAAUUUGUGAAUAUACAGGAGGAGAGAGAGAAAGAGAGAUUAGAAAGGGAACGAGCCCACAGGGAGCACCAUGAAUAG